GUUCUUUAUUAAUUAUUGCAGGUAUUAACAAACAACUUAAUAAAAAUGUGUGACGACGAAGUUGCAGCCCUUGUCGUGGACAACGGAUCUGGAAUGUGCAAGGCUGGAUUUGCUGGAGAUGAUGCUCCUCGAGCAGUGUUUCCUUCAAUCGUUGGUCGUCCUCGUCAUCAAGGAGUAAUGGUUGGCAUGGGACAAAAAGAUAGCUAUGUUGGGGAUGAAGCUCAGAGUAAAAGAGGUAUCCUUACUCUAAAAUAUCCUAUUGAGCAUGGUAUAAUCACCAAUUGGGAUGACAUGGAAAAGAUUUGGCAUCACACGUUUUACAAUGAAUUGCGUGUUGCACCGGAAGAACAUCCUGUACUUCUUACUGAAGCACCUCUGAAUCCAAAAGCAAAUCGAGAGAAAAUGACUCAGAUAAUGUUUGAAACAUUUAACAGUCCUGCUAUGUAUGUUGCCAUACAAGCCGUACUUUCACUGUAUGCUUCUGGUCGCACGACAGGUAUCGUUUUGGAUUCUGGAGAUGGUGUUUCUCAUACUGUUCCAAUCUAUGAAGGAUAUGCUCUACCCCAUGCCAUUUUACGUUUGGAUUUAGCUGGUCGUGAUUUAACCGAUUAUCUUAUGAAAAUCUUGACUGAAAGAGGUUAUUCCUUCACUACAACGGCUGAAAGGGAAAUUGUACGAGAUAUCAAAGAAAAACUUUGUUAUGUUGCACUAGAUUUCGAACAAGAAAUGGCAACAGCUGCUGCAAGUACUUCUCUUGAAAAAAGUUAUGAAUUGCCUGAUGGGCAAGUUAUAACCAUCGGUAAUGAAAGGUUCCGCUGUCCAGAAGCUUUGUUCCAACCAUCAUUCCUAGGAAUGGAAUCUUGCGGUAUUCAUGAGACCGUUUAUAACUCAAUAAUGAAGUGUGAUGUAGACAUUCGUAAAGAUCUCUAUGCUAAUAACGUCUUAUCUGGUGGUACUACUAUGUAUCCUGGUAUUGCUGAUCGUAUGCAAAAAGAAAUCACUGCAUUAGCUCCUUCAACAAUCAAAAUUAAGAUCAUCGCUCCUCCUGAGAGGAAAUAUUCUGUAUGGAUUGGUGGUUCUAUUCUUGCUUCAUUAUCUACCUUCCAACAAAUGUGGAUAUCCAAACAAGAAUACGACGAAUCAGGACCAGGAAUCGUUCACCGCAAAUGUUUCUAAUCGUUAAAUUUUUUACAUACAUUCUCAAAUUCAAUAUUUAAUUUUUUAGUACCAUUAAUUUUUGAAUGAUGUAUCAAAAUCAUUGCCAAAAUUUAAUAAAAAAUGUGUAAAUCUAUGUACUGUCUUGCGAUUUUACUGGAUCUGUGUGUAUAGGUUGUAUGUGCAUGCAAUUUCAAUCUAUAAGAUCGUACUUAAUAUGAUGAUGAAUUUCAAAAGAACAGCUCAAAAUAUAUUUAGUCAAAGUUUAUAUAACUACCCUUGGUAGUAAAACAAAAACAUAAACGUGAACCUUAGGCAUCAUUAGAUUACUUGUCACGUAUCGUUUUUUAUUAACUCCACACUAAAUUUUACUUUGCAACAAGAUCUAAAUAAUUAGCCAUUCAUAUUUCUAAAUUAUUUUUUAACUUUUUAUUGUUAUCAGGUCUGUACGUUUUUUUCAAGUUUCAUUAUACUUAGUAAAUUUUCCGUGGUUUUCGCCAGUCCGAAAAUUCUUGGAUAGUUCAAAAAUAUUUUUUCUAACAUACAUUGUAUUAUAUUAAAAAAAAGAUUUGAGAAAAAAAGUAUUCAAAAAAGAAGGUAUUCUGACUCUAAAACUAGUAACACAUGUACCCUUAUUCCUUUUAACUAAUAGAAAAACUUUCGUUAAAAAACAUUCAUUAGUUUUUGAAAAAUUCUAUUGCUUUAAGACAAGUAUCUUUAAUGUGAUUAAUAAAAUAUAUACCUGUUAGCGUUAUCAAAAAUAGCUUGAAGAUGGCUAAUUUUUAUCAUCAAUCUAUUAUGACCGCAUGAGUUUUUUAAAAUUUUUACCGUUAAAAGAGCGAUGAAAAUAUAACUUUUCUGAGCAGCUUUUUUUAUUGAAAAACUCACAACAUAUGAGUAGUAACAUAUAUCUUUUGCAUUUUACUUGUUGGUAAUUUUACAGAAGCUUUUUUAAAUAAAGUUUUGCGUUGAAAGACUCACAGGACAAGAGAAAUUUUUGAACCAAUUAAUGUUGUAAAUCGUAAGUCAUGUAAUGACAUGUUACUGCAAUGCCUAGCAACAUAUGUGAGAAAGUAAUAAGAACCAAACGCUAUUAGACUAUUUACAUAAAUUAAUAUUAAAUAAAUUGGCAGUGUGGCUUGCACGACUGAAAAAUAUUUUUUUUAAAAUUAACAAUAAGUUUGAAUCAAUAACUUAUUUCUGACUUAAAGUGUGUCAAUGUGCCCGUUCUUAUUGUUUUUGUGUGCUACUUCAAAUUUGGGAAAAAACAUCGAAAUGCUUUUAUUUGAAAUUCGCUUGAUCAAAAAAUCCCCUAUCCCUAGAGCUAAAUAAUUCUGAGACACUCUGAAUACUCUAAUCGUUAAACAUUGUAUAUCAAUGACAGAGUACGUUGUAUGUAGGGUUUCAUCAAUUAAAAAAUUUAGGAACUUAAUAACGAUAAGUUUCAAUUUUGGCCGUAAGUAGUUUGAAAAAUACAUUUGGCGCAUAAAACAACAAUUCAAAAAGUUAGUUAUGAUUUUUCUCACCUUUCAUACUAAUAUAGUUGAGUAAUUUUUUGGUUGAUCUUUUGGGGCAAACACCAAAAUAAAAAAUACGCACAACACGUUUUUUAAUAUAAAGCAACGUUUCAUCGACUGGAGCAUCAACCUCUUUAGGAUUUAUUAACAAAUUUAAUAGUAAAUCAGUACAAAAAUCAAAAAAUUGUAGACAUAAACGCAAGUGAUCCGAUUAUUACAAACGCUGAAGGGAAUAAUUUAACGUAAUAAUAUUUGUUCGCACGAAAUCAAACAGGUAAAAGCAUCGAAACUACGCGAAGUUGUCAGUUUGCAGGACAGUACACAUAUUUAUAUAGAUACAUCAUUAGGUCAAUGCAUCAAAUUAAUAGAUAUGGUCAGUAACGUGUAUAUUUGUAAAAACUUUUAUAAGUGUGACUCAAUCUGUAUAGGUCCUCCUUCUUAUUUAUAUUAUUGUCGUCUGACACUAAAAGUAUGAAGCAUUUCAGAAAUUACUCGUUUCUUGUAACUUGGCUUAUUGUUUAAAAUUCAAAUACUAUCCCAUUUAAAAGUGUGAUAGUUAGAAAUUUGAUGUACAGAUAUCAAACAUUCAGUUUUGUUAUUAUUUUUAUGUUCUUAUCUCCUCUCUUUAAGGGCUCCUUUUGUUUCACCUAUACAUUUUGCAGGAGAGAUUUUGCAAAUAUUUAAAAAGUUAUCUUAACUUCUAUGUGUUCUAGACCAACAUUUUUUUUGUCAAACUACAGGCUAUUUCAAUGUAAGAGAUUCAUGCUGAUACAAUCAUUUGUUGUAAAAUUGUUGGCGAAAAAUAUAAUUAAAAAAACAUCAACGUUAUUAACUCCAUUUUGAUAGCGCCAAAUAUAAAUAAUCAAUACGUAUACAGUAGAUUAAUAAAAUGGACGUCUUCAGAAAGUCAUAAGUCAUGUUUGAACUUUUUUUGAUAACGUUAAUAGGUCAAUCAUUCUUGUAACAUUAGGGACUUUUUUAGUUAAUAAAUAAGAUUAUCAACAACUGA